AUGCCACGCGGCGGCAAGCCCGCGGCUUCGUCGAAGCCGAACCCCUUCGACUCCGACUCGGACUCCGAGUCUAACAAUAAGCCGGCGGCGAAGAAAUCCGGUGCGUACCAGGCCCCCGCCGACGCCAAGAAGCGGUACAAGGACGGGUUCCGCGACUCGGGCGGGCUGGAGAACCAGUCGGUGCAGGAGCUGGAGCACUACGCCGCGUACAAGGCCGAGGAGACCACCGACGCGCUCGCCGGCUGCCUGCGCAUCGCCGAGGACAUCAAGCAGGACGCGUCCGACACGCUCAUCACGCUGCACAAGCAGGGGGAGCAGAUCAGCCGGACGCACGAGAAGGCCGUCGAGAUCGACCAGGACCUCACCAAGAGCGAGUCGCUUCUCGGCAGCCUUGGAGGGUUCUUCUCCAAGCCAUGGAAGCCCAAGAAAACGAGGCAGAUCAAGGGACCGGCACAGGUGUCACGAGAUGACUCCUUCAAGAAGAAGGCCAGCCGCAUGGAGCAGAGGGACAAGCUCGGGCUGAGCCCGCGGGGGAAGCGCGACCCUCGCCACUACGCCGAGGCCACCGAUGCCAUGGACAAAGUCCAGAUUGAGAAGAAGAAGCAGGACGACGCCCUCGAUGACCUCAGCGGCGUGCUGGGCCAGCUCAAGGGCAUGGCCGUCGACAUGGGCUCCGAGCUUGACAGGCAAAACGAAGCGUUGGAUAAUCUGCAAGGCGACGUGGACGAGCUCAACUCCAGGGUGAAGGGAGCCAACCAACGUGCGCGCAAGCUGGUCGCCAAGUAG